UAGCCCGCGGGGUGCCUUUUCUUUUUGGUGUGGGCCGUGUGCGCGCCAGAUCUGGGAGACAUGCAAGUGGGCUGGUAAGCGCCGAAAUGAGGCCCACUUAGUUCCACUUCCAAAGUUAUAUGACUACUGCUAAGUGCUAACCCAGCUGAGCCCACCACGCCGUUAGCUGAAUUGGCUCCAGCCAGGUCCAGGAGGAGAGACGAAAGCAGAGGCGAUGCGGGGAGUCGGAGGCCCGUUGCUCACCGUCAGCGAUCUCCUCAGCGACCUCGCCGUCGACGGAGGCAGCGACCACCUAGAAGGCGGAGGCGAUGCGUCCGUCCCUUCCUCCCCGUUGGCGGCGCAGAACCUGGAGGAAGCCGACCCGUCCGACCUGCACCGGCUCUUCGGGGAAGACUAUGACAACUUGAUGAAAUCGUUACGGGAGAAUGACCCUUCAUGGCCUUCCUUGAUGCUGAAGCUGUGCAGGGCGUUGAAGACUUCAGAUAAGCUGCUGAGCAGCGCGAAUACGAAUGCUGAACAGCUACUCCAGAAGGUUGAGACACUGGAGCGCGUCUUAGAGAGAGGAGAUCUCGUAGUGGGAGCAAUUGUGGAGACUCUUGAGGAUCACCGGCCUUCUAAAUCGAAACCACCUAGCAAGUAGUAUUCUGUGGUGGGUAGAUGCUUUGUUUGAUAUGCAAAUCAGGAGUCUUGUCGCUGUUCCUGGAGAUAUGAGGGAGCUUCAUAUGUUUUUCUUAUGAAUUUGUAUGGUGUAUAUCCAGAGUGUCGGGCAUUGUUGGAAUGCCUGCAUUUCCUCCCAGCAUUCUAGCACAGGUCCAUUUUCUGGUUCAUUUGUUUAUUUGUUAGCUUUGUUCCAGGUUUGAGAUCAACUCUGAAAUUCUGGAUGAAAUGAAACCCUGGGGAAAAUACUACUCAUAUGAUUGCUUA